AUGGAUAUAGACAUCAGUAUUAGCGAGAGUGGAGCAAUCGAAAUGUCAUCAUACCUCUUAUCCUCGUUUGCCAAUGGCGAUAGCAAUAGCAGCAACAGCCUUAUUGGAUCCGAGGACUCUCAUAUGGGUAAUUCAAGUAGAACUAAAGCGCCCAGACAAAAGAUAAAUGCACGUGAACGUUACCGCACCUUUAAUGUAAAUUCCGCUUACGAAGCAUUGCGCGGUCUAAUUCCCACGGAGCCAGUUAAUCGCAAAUUGUCUAAAAUUGAAAUAAUACGACUGGCCAGUAGUUAUAUUACACAUUUACGCAGCACACUAUACGCAGGUACAGAUCGACAGCCUUGCUUGCUUCACAAGUGGGAUGGCGACAGUAGCACGGGACGUGUUAGUAUCUGUACAUUUUGUAUGAAACCAAAGUCACCACAAUCAGCGCAAUGCUAA